ACCUCCUUUCCGAUCGUCUGAAACAACACUCAUUAUCAAUUUCGGACGUCGCUGAAGCUUUCCCGGAGCCCCUACACUGGUGCAGUGUAUUUUAUUACGAAUUAAAGAUGCGAGUGGGCGAUGUGUUUCAUGCUGACCGAUCCAGCCUCACUAUAGACGGAUUCACAGAACCAUGCUAUCGAGGUGACCGAUUUAGCUUGGGUAGCCUAAGCCAGGUUAAUAGACCGCUCCAAGUUGAGAUGACUCGAAGGCACAUCGGACGUGGUCUUCGAUUUCACUAUUUUUCUGGCGAAGUAUAUGUCGAGUGCCUCAGUGAUGCGGCGAUAUUCGUUCAGUCUCCGAGCUGCAAUCGAUUUCAUGGCUGGCAUCCAGCCACUGUUGUUAAAAUACCUCCUAGUAAGUUAAUUGACUCUCUUGAUAGUGCAACAAGGAGUUACGAAACCGUCUUCUCCUUAACUCAUAUGUGCGCUAUUCGUAUCAGUUUCGUCAAGGGCUGGGGAGCUGACUAUAGAUCCAAGAUGUUAUGA